AUGGCAGCCUGUAUCUUCUGCAAGAUCGUCAAAGGAGAUAUCCCCUCGUUCAAGCUCUUCGAGAACGACAAGGUCCUCGCCUUCAUGGACAUCCAGCCGCUGAGUAAAGGACAUGCCCUCGUCAUCCCCAAACACCACGGCGAGAAAUUGACCGACAUCCCCGACGACUCGCUGAUCGAUAUCCUGCACGUGCUCAAGAAGAUCGCCGUCGCGACGGGGGCCGAGAACUAUAACGUCCUACAGAACAACGGGCGGCUGGCGCAUCAGGAGGUCGACCACGUGCACUUCCAUUUGAUCCCGAAGCCGAAUGAGACGGAAGGGUUGGGUAUCGGAUGGCCCGCGCAGAAGAUGGAUAUGGGUGAAUUAAAGAAAUUGUUUGAGGACGUCAAGGCGAAGAUGUAG